UGUAUAACUCCGAAUAAAUAUACUUUUUGAUAUAAUUUAUUGGCUUUUUAGUGUUUGAUUCAUGAUGAUAAUUUUAAAAAGAUGCAAAAAUGCUAUUGUCAUAUAUUCGAAACUAACUUUGAUGAAUUACAUUGAAUAGAUUGGUUGAUGAUGUAUAGCUUAACAACGAAUUCACCAAAACACUAGAUAUUAUUUUAUACCAAUAAAAUUCUUCACAUAUUUUAAUACAGUAUGGAUAUAGUAGACAGAGUACUGAUCUUUUUGUGAUUUAUGUCUUCAACAGGGAAUACCUCUUAUUCUACAUCAUUGUAUAAAGAGACAUCAAAUCUUGAUUUCAAUCAAGGUGUUGAACCACGAUCACAACAGCAAGAUAUUGAAUCAAAUUUAAGUCCAUAUACUUGUAAAACGUCUGACAAAACCGUAACAUCUGAAUCAUAUAAUCAAGAAUUAUCUCAAACAUCAAAUGAACACAAUUUGAAUUAUGAUGAUGUCUUAACUUUACAUGUUCCACAAUUAAACGAAAAUUUAUGGCAUAAAAAACAAUCCUAUAGUUUAUUCAAAUAUAAUAAAUGUCAUUGUUUUGAAUUUAUAACACGUAAAAUACGUUUAAACACGUCACAUAAAGCUCAAGAAGGUGUAAUGAAGAAACAAUCUAAAUCCUUAUCUAAUCGUAUUCACAAUGGUAAUCAUUUAAAUUCACUUUAUGAAAAUGAAGUCGAUAUAAUGAUGACAUCUGAUGAUAUGAAAAACGUAAAACAAACUAAACUUCCACAAGAAACUAAUGAUACACCAAAUGAUUCUGAAGUUGUAGGGAAAAGUAUGCGUUGGACAACAACUUUUUUAGCAGCGUUAAGUAUAUUUUUGAUUUUGAUCACGUUUCCAUUUUCACUUGUCUAUUGUAUACGUAUUGUUGCUGAAUAUGAACGAGCUGUUGUUUUAAGAAUGGGUAAUUUAAUACCAAAAGGUAAAGGUACAAAAGGGCCGGGAUUAUUUUUUAUUUUACCAUGUAUUGAUAGUGUACGAAAAGUGGAUUUACGUACAGUGACAUUUGCGAUCCCACCACAAGAAUUAUUAACACGUGAUUCAGUAACUGUUUCAGUGGAUGCAGUUGUAUAUUAUCGUGUAUUAAAUCCAGUUGCAUCUGUGUUAAAUAUUGAAGAUGCUGCACGCUCUACCAGACUAUUAGCACAGACAACUAUAAGAAAUGUUUUAGGAACUAAAGAUUUGGCACAAAUUCUUAUGGACAGAGAAGAAAUAUCUACAGCUAUGCAGUCCAGUUUAGAUGCGACAACAGAUGCUUGGGGUGUUAAAGUUGAAAGAAUUGAAAUCAAAGAUGUCCGCCUUCCUAUCCAACUUCAACGUGCAAUGGCAGCAGAAGCUGAAGCUGCUCGUGAAGCUCGUGCUAAAGUGAUUGCUGCUAAAGGAGAACAAGAAGCAGCUAGAUCAUUAAAAGAAGCUGCAAAAGUUAUAUCUACUUCACCAAUGGCAUUCCAAUUAAGAUAUUUACAAACAUUAUGUGCAAUAUCAGCUGAAAAGAAAUCAACUAUAUUCUUCCCGGUACCAAUAGAUAUAAUGCAAAAUAUAGGUAAUAUAUCCGGGUCAACAUUUGAACAAUUAUUCAAUAAAAAUAAUCAAAAAUUACAAACAAAAUAUUCAAUGAAUAAAAUUUCAAGUACUAAAGAAAUUGAAAUGAAUUCAAAUGAUUAUUGUGAUACAAUAAUUAAUCCAAAAAAUAUUAUUUGUAAUCAAAAUAUAGUAAAAAUGGAUAAAUCAACAAAUCUAUUACAUUCUGUAAAUUUUAUUGCUGAACAACCAUGGCCUCAAUCAACGCAUAUAAAUCGAGAUAAUCAAGACACAAAUUGGGCAUAUGAAAGUGGUGAUACACAUAGUGAUACAGUUUAAAAUGAAUAAAAUAAUAAGUUUGUAAUAUUUGAAUGUUUAUAAAGAAUAUUCUUAAUGAUAUGAAAUAUAUAUAAAUUGAAUAUUUCACUUUCUUAUUACACAUUCAUUUAACACAUUUUAAAGAUCUUAGUAUGUACUUGAAAUGAUAUUUAAACUAUUUCAUAUAGAAUCACUCUUUAGAAGAAAUGGUUUUCCAUAUUACAUUCAUAAAAAUACAGG